AUGGACAAGCUUAUACCAUUCAUUCCCGGGCUCGAAAAUAUCAUGAGACGCCGUGAUCUUCCGAAUAUUUGUAGAUUGGACCCCGAGAGCACCCACAUGCAAUAUUACCUCGAUCAAACCUCAAAAAUGGGUCGGGCCUCUGCUCUCAUACUCAACACAUUCGAGGAACUCGAGGCGCCCAUUAUCUACCACCUCCACUCAAUCUUCCCAUCAAUCUAUGCAAUUGGGCCGCUACACAUUGUCCCGAGGCCCAUUGGGCCCGACACUUCCCACAACUCCUCCAGCCUAUUUCAGAUGGACCAAUCGUGCAUGGGAUGGCUUGACUCCCAACGGCCCAAAUCGGUCCUAUACGUGAGUUUCGGCAGUGUGGUGGUGUUGACCAACGACCAAUUCACGGAGUUUUGGCAUGGGCUCGUCGACAGUGGGAAACCGUUCUUGUGGGCCAUAAGGCCCAACUUGAUCGCCGACGACAAUAAUGGGCCCAAUAUUACCACUCUUGAUGAGCUGAAGGCGGCCACGCCAGUGAGGGGCCUAAUAGUGGGUUGGGCCCCUCAAGAGGAUGUUCUGGCCCACGACGCUGUGGGUGGGUUCCUGACGCACAGUGGGUGGAACUCGACUCUGGAGUGUAUGGCGGCCGGCAAGCCCAUGAUCUGCUGGCCCAUGAUUACGGACCAGCAGGUCAACAGUAGGUGCGUGAGCCAUAUGUGGAAAGUGGGGCUCGAUAUGAAGGAUGUUUGUGAGAGAUCAAUGGUCGAGAAAAUGGUGCGUGAUUUGAUGGAGGGCGGGAGGGAGGAGUUGUUGAGAUCGACGGAGGAGAUUGCUCGGUUGGCUCGGGAAAGUGUUCGUGAGGGCGGGUCGUCUCAUCGCAAUCUCGGGAAAUUGAUUGAGGAUAUAAAAAUUGCCGAGUUCAUCUCGAAUUACCCGACACGCGAACGAUGGGAUGACCGGAGAUUGGCGGCGCUUGGUGGUGCCGCCUUGCGAGGGCUCAAGAUGUUCAUGACUUAUGUGGCGGUCGUGGCCAUAAUGGCCACCGAUUUCGUGUUCCUCCUGGCGGCUGCCGGCGGCCAUGCCGCCGGAAGUUUUGUUGCCGGGCUGUAUGAGUAUCAUAUUGAACUAGCUGUUGGGUCGAUGGGGUACAAUGGUGGCUAUUUUAGAUUAUAA